AUGCAGUCCUACAUUGGUGUGUUGGCACGCUCCAGAGUCCCACUUGUGGACAAGAAAUGGGCUGAAAUCCCCAAGGAUAUAAAGGAGCAGAUUUGGGAAGCCGUUGACAUGGCUUUUGUGGUAGGUCAAGGGGGCAAGACCUCGGUGUUAUCUUCUGCUGCCAAGAAAUGGAAGGAUUUCAAGUCUACACUAACGAGGCAUUAUAUCCUUCCAUACAUCAAGGAGAGGGAGAAAUUAAGCCAACCCCCUGAAAUAUAUAAAUUCAUAGAGAAAGCAGAAUGGGAUGCCUUUGUAGCUUCAAGAUUAGGGAGAAACUUGAGUACAAUCAUCGAUUGUCUCGAAAAGGAUAUGCUGGUUUGGAGGAUCAAUUGGAGGAAACCAUGCCUGGGGGUAGAAAUUGAUCGAUCUACCUUAUGGAAGAAAGCUAGACAGGACAAACAUGGUAACAUCCCGGAUCCAAAGGUGGCAGAGAAAGCAAAAUUAAUUGAUGAAUUGCAAAAACAAGUGGCUGAAGGCAGUCUUAGUGUAUCUGGCAGUAAUGAUGUGUUGACCUUGGCUUUGGGUCCCGAGCAUCCAGGGAGAGUAAGAGGGGUAGGUGCUGGGAUUUCCCCUAGGCAAUACUUCAAUUUACCUAGACAACAGAGGGUAAAGUUUGCCGAUCAAUUGAAGGAAAGUGUAAGAAUUGUCCUUCAAGAAGAGACUAAGAAGAUGGAAGCUAGAUCAAGGGAAGAGACUUUAAGGAUGGAGGCUAGAACCAAGCAAUUGGUAGAGGCUGAGAGGGAACAUUUACUAGUCAGCUUUCCCAACUCAUCCCCAAUUUUGAUCCAAGCAUGCUUAAACCGAAAACUAGCCCCUGUCAAAACCAAGGUCUAG